UCAAGCUUGACGUCUAUGUUGUCCUGUGAGUUUCACUCAUACAGGACCGAACUUCUGCGUGUGCGACCUGUUUGUCUAUCAAUACCGAUAGAACAUCGCAAAAAAACACUAUGAACAGUUUAAUUAGAUCCACAGCUAGGUGUAUGCGGUCCGGCGCGGCCGUGUGCUUACUCAGGCCAGCUGACGGACUUGUGCGAGCGGCCUCGGCCCGGUUCUUGUGCGCGGCGGCGGACCUCCAGAAGGACCUUGGUGAGAUGGUGAAGAAGGACAAGGUGGUGGUGUUUAUGAAGGGGACACCGGCGCAGCCCAUGUGUGGCUUCAGCAACGCCGUCGUCCAGAUCCUCCGGAUGCAUGGGGUGGACCAAUACGUUUCCUACAACGUUCUGGAAGACCAGGAGCUCAGAGAAGGAGUCAAAGUGUUCUCCAACUGGCCCACCGUCCCUCAGGUCUACUUCAACGGCGAGUUCGUGGGAGGCUGCGACAUCCUGCUCCAGAUGCACCAGAACGGCGACCUGGUGGACGAGCUGAAGAAGCUGGGCAUCCGCUCGGCUCUGCUGGACGCCGAGAAGGAAUCCAAGUAGGAAAGGAAAAGAAAAAAAGGAGAGAGAGAGCGUAACAAACAUCAAAGGAAUGAGAAGACGGAAAACACAUUCAUCAGGUCCACAUUUCCCCCCCCCCGAUCUCCGGCUACACUUCCAAUGUUUCCAAUGAUUGGAGAUGAAUCGGCGAUCGAGGCAGAUUGAAUACAUUAUGCAACCUGUUUACCGCUAAUAAAAACGACGCCGUGUUUGGGCGAUUGUAGAUGAAAGCAAGAAGUAGGAAAUGUCUGAGAAAAAAAGCUAAUUCUGAGACUGAUCUCUGACAUUUUCUAGGAAAAAAACUCAGAAAAUUGCAGCUUUUCUAGAUUAACCUCUGAUUUUCUGAAAAACCUCAGAAAUUCUGAGAUUAGUCUCUCAAGUUGUCUUAAAAAAAMCCAUCAAAUUUCUGAAUUUCAAAUAUCAGAAAUUUCCAACAAAAAAAAAAUUCUAAAAAAUUUCUGAGAUUAAUCUCAAAAUGUACUCCUUUUUUUAUAUCUAUUAUGUCCUUAAUACGGCAUCGUAAACAAACGCUUUAAAGUUGUUUUUUUCUCUUUUAUGCGUUACAAUCAGAGCCUUUUGCACCAAUCCAAAAAUAAUGUCUGAUACAGAUCAUAUCGGCUUCAAAGUUCCUAUUUGUUUGUUGUUGUUUUUUUUUUUAACCUAAUUUUGCCAAAUCAAAAUGGUUAACUCCUUUGGGUAACGUUUAAAGGAACAGAGCUCUGUAUCAACUUCGCCACGGUUUCUUUCCAUGCUACCUUCAGAAAUCUGGACUACCUCUUCUCCACAUUUGGUUCUCCCUAAAUUCAAACUGAUUUCAGUUCAAAACGAUGUCGACACACUUGAAACCUUCCAGAUGCACUGCCUGUAGCUCCACUACAUAAAGAGGGAACAGGAAAAUAAUAUGCAUUAUAAUAAUAAAAAAAGAAUCCAACCUGUUUGCUCUUUUUGCUGUGAUUUACAUACAAAGUCUACCAACUGUGUUUUUCUGCUGAAACCCGCUGAGACGCACCAAACACACUUUGCCUCUUUUUCUUCUUCUUCUUCUCUGACUUAUUUCCUGCCCUGCUGGACAAACUGUGGCAGUUUGAAUUUGUUACAUCCGUCUUUUUUUUUUUUUUUCCUCUUUUUGUCGCCGAAGGGAGAGUGUGUUUAUAUUUUGUUUUGGAGCAUCCUCCAGCAGUUGUAUUACGAAAUGAACGUGUAGUACACUGUAAGAUAUUGUACAUUUAAAGCCUAUUGUUAAAUGUAUUUUAGGAACAUGUGAACCCUGCAACAAUUAAAUAUUUUCAGACGCAGA